UGGCGCGCGGGCUGCUGGGCGAGGCGGAAGCGGAAGCGCGGGUCUCCCCGGGGAGCGAUGGCAGCCGGGGGUCUGAGCCGCUCGGAGCGCAAGGCGGCGGAGCGGGUCCGGAGGCUGCGGGAGGAGCAGCAGCGCGAGCGCCUCCGCCAGGUGUCGCGCAUCCUGAGGAAGGCGGCGGCGGAGCGCAGCGCCGAGGAGGGCCGGCUGCUGGCCGAGAGCGAGGACCUGGUGACGGAGCUGCAGGGCCGGAGCCGGCGGCGCGAGGGCCUGAAGCGGCGGCUGCAGGAGGUGUGCGACGACCCCGAGGAGCUGCGCAGGAAAGUCCGGGAGCUGGCCGGCGCCGUCCGCAACGCCAAAUACCUGGUCGUCUACACUGGCGCGGGGAUCAGCACGGCAGCCUCUAUCCCAGAUUACCGGGGCCCUAAUGGAGUCUGGACGCUGCUUCAGAAAGGGAGGAGUGUCAGUGCUGCCGACCUUAGUGAGGCCGAACCAACCCUCACGCACAUGAGCAUCGCCCGUUUGCACGAGCAGAAGCUGGUGCAGCACGUGGUGUCUCAGAACUGUGACGGGCUCCACCUGCGCAGUGGGCUGCCGCGCACAGCCAUCUCGGAGCUCCACGGGAACAUGUACAUUGAAGUCUGCACCUCCUGCGUCCCCAACAGGGAGUACGUGCGGGUAUUUGAUGUGACGGAGCGCACUGCCCUCCACAGACACCAGACAGGCCGGGCCUGCCACAAGUGCGGGACCCAGCUGCGGGACACCAUUGUGCAUUUUGGGGAGAGGGGGACGUUGGGGCAGCCCCUGAACUGGGAGGCAGCAACCGAGGCUGCCAGCAAAGCAGACACGAUCCUGUGUUUAGGGUCCAGCUUGAAGGUUCUAAAGAAAUAUCCACGCCUCUGGUGCAUGACCAAGCCCCCUAGCCGGCGGCCCAAACUCUACAUUGUGAACUUGCAGUGGACCCCGAAGGAUGACUGGGCUGCCCUGAAGCUUCACGGGAAGUGUGAUGACGUCAUGCGGCUCCUCAUGGACGAGCUGGGCCUGGAGAUCCCGCCCUACAGCAGGGUCUUAGAGGGGAAAUCAGUAACUACUUUUAAUCAAAGGGUUCAAGAAAUUAAGGAUCCCUUCACCUUCUGGGCCUGGCAAUUCUUGUGGCAGGAUCCUAUCUUCUCCCUGGCAACUCCCCUGCGUGCUGGCGAAGAAGGCAGCCACAGUCGGAAGUCGCUGUGCAGAAGCAGAGAGGAAGCCCCGCCCGGGGACUGUGGUGCCCCACUUAGCUCAGCCCCCAUCCUAGGGGGCUGGUUUGGCAGGGGCUGCACCAAACGCCCAAAAAGGAAGAAAGUGACGUAACCUAGUGCUUGAUGAAGAACAAUUGGCACUUUGCAGAUGGACCGAACUCUUAUUCAGGGGCCAUUGUCACCGUGAAGGCUGGGUUGUCCCCAGGGGGUCCAGCAAGAAGACCUCUUGGGAUGACAUUUUCACCGUGACAUGUAACCAUCUGCCCUUGUGGGGAGCCCCCUUGCACUGCUGUGGUUGUCCCUGAUACAGCCUUCAUCCAGGACACCUGCUCCUCGUUCUCUACGUAAGAGGUGGCAGGGAUGCCAUUCGGCGGAGCUCGGGUUAUUUUGGACCUGGCUGGCAGAGAGGAAGUCACGACUGCCUUACCUCACUGGCCAGGCUAGUCUCAGGGCCUCAUCCUAUUUCUACUACUUGUUACUAAAAAGUGUUCACUUUGUAGAAGCUUUUUUCUGUAUUGGGUAUGCGGCAGAGGGGUGCUUCCGAGCCUUGCGCUAAGCAGACCUUUUUAUUCCUAUUAAACAUCUCUGCACCGUC